GUACUCAUCUGCUUCACCUCCGGGCUCCGGCUACGGCGGCACUCUUCUCUGGCAACCGGUAAACCUCCUCUCCCUUUCUUUUCUAUGGUGCGGUGCAUUCAAGAUGUCCGGAUGUACGUGCGCAUCGGGUUUGGGAUCGGAUUGCGCCUGCUGCGACAUAGGGAGUAUACCGUGCUCUUUUGUUUCCCCAUGGAUUGAUACUUUCUCUGUCGAUUCUUAUCAGGUCGGAAGAUGUUGGAUCUUCCGCUUCAAAUCGACGCAUAAAGGAUGCAGAUUAGUUUUGUUCGCGUCAAAUUUAUUUUGCUCGGUGUAGUUCUGUCCAUUAAUUAAUUAUUUGUACUGGAUUUAAGGUGCUGCUAUUUUGAAGGUUUUUUCUCCCGGAAAUUUUCACAUCCCGAAACGACUGGAAAUUGAAGUAGCCAUUUGAUGCUGUUACCUGGGUUCAUAAGUUGUUAGACUUGUUGUUAUUUGUUUGUUAAUCCUAUAGCUAUUGCAUAUUGUGUGCCUGAUCAGGACCACAGAAACCUCUAGGCGACGAAUCGAGCAGGUAGAGGAGUAAUCAGGCAUCCAUGGCUGAGCAUCUUGCGUCCAUCUUUGGCACGGAGAAGGACCGCGUGAACUGCCCCUUCUACUUCAAGAUCGGCGCAUGCCGCCACGGCGACCGGUGCUCCCGCCUGCACAACAAGCCUUCCAUCUCCCCGACGCUGCUGCUCUGCAACAUGUACCAGCGGCCGGACAUGAUCACCCCGGGCGUGGACGCGCAGGGCAACCCCAUCGACCCGGAGCGGAUCCAGGAGGACUUCGAGGACUUCUACGAGGACAUCUUCGUGGAGCUGAGCAAGCACGGCGAGAUCGAGAGCCUCCACGUCUGCGACAACCUCGCGGACCACAUGAUCGGGAACGUGUACGUGGAGUUCCGCGAGGAGGAGCAGGCGGCCCGCGCCCUGCAGGCGCUGCAGGGCCGCUACUACUCGGGCCGACCCAUCAUCGCCGAGUUCUCGCCGGUGACGGACUUCCGGGAGGCCACCUGCCGCCAGUUCGAGGAGCACAGCUGCAACCGCGGCGGAUACUGCAACUUUAUGCACGUCAAGCAGGUCGGCCGGGACCUGCGGCGGAAGCUGUUUGGCCACCUGCAUCGCUCCCUCCGGAGCCACAGCCGAGGCAGCCGCAGCCCGAGCCCAUACCGCCGCCGCGGUAGCUCGUCCAGGUCCAGGGACCGCGACGAUUACCACGACUACUACUACCACUACUACCGUAGUGGCAGUGGCAGCCGCAGGAGCAGCGAGAGACACCGCAGCCACGACAGCGACGGGAGCCGCCGUCGACGCGGGCGGUCGAGGAGCCGGAGCCGGAGCCCGGUGAGGGAAGGCAGCGAGGAGCGGAGGGCAAAGAUUGAGCAGUGGAACCGCGAGCGGGAGGCAGCUCAGGUGUAAGCAAGUUCCCCUUCCCUAGUUGCCAUGUUGGUUGCUGCAGUGUUAUUGGCCUUGCUAGUUGCCAUGUUGCUGUUGCUGAAGCCUGUUAUCAUGUAUUGUGGUGUGGUUCAGGCAGGGUAAGGCCAUAAAUUGAGCCUGAAAUUGGACUGUGAUCUCUUUUGCUGUGGACGGGUUACCAUUAAACUU